AUGGGUGAGUUCAAGCAGCCGAUACCGGCAUUUUAUGCUUGUUAUCUGCUUCGGUCUAUCGCUCGGCAUGCAGCCACAUACGUGGGAAGCACGCCAAAUCCCGCUCGACGUUUGCGACAACAUAAUGGCGAGACGAAAGGUGGUGCGGCGCGAACUUCGCGAGAUUCUCUACGACCCUGGGAGAUGACCUGUCUCGUGACCGGAUUUCCCAGCAAGAUUGCUGCUCUACAGUUUGAAUGGGCAUGGCAGAAUCCCAAUCAGACUCGUCAUAUUCCUGUUGAUGCCCGAAUUACUCCGUUCAAGACCAUCACCAAGAUUUCAGCCCGAACGGGCCGAGCUCGAAAACGGCCAGUGCGAGCAAACAUGUCGUUGACCGAUCGACUGGCCAAUCUGCAACUGCUUCUGAACGCCUCCAGUUUCCGUAGAUGGCCACUCCAAGUCACAUUCUACGCUAAAGAUGUAUUCAAAUUAUGGCAGAGAGCUUCGAAGCAAUACAUAGGAAGGUCAAGGAGCGACUUGAGUGUUCACCUGCAUGAACCCAAACCUGACGCUCUCGAAUUGGCUCCUAAUUCUGCUAGUCAAGAUAGCGUUGCGAUCGCUCCCACUGUAAAUGCAGGCAUCUAUGCCUUGAGUGUCGACUACUCAAGUAUAAAAUCCCGGCUGGAGGAGACGAUUGCUCUCUUUGCUUCCGGGAGGCCCUUGAAAUGCACAGUCUGUCGGAAGCAUGUUCCUGCGACAGGUUCAGCAACUCUGGUCUGCCCAGGGAAGGAUUGCUUAUCUAUUACACAUGUGCAAUGUAUGUCGGCAGCAUUCCUUGCUGCGGACGGAAAUACGGGUGCGAUAAUUCCAACAAGCGGGCAGUGUCCCAAGUGCAAUACAUCUUUACAAUGGAUCGACCCCGUCAAAGAUCUUACGCUCCGAAUGAGAGGUGAGAAGGAGAUUGCGGCGCUGUUCAAGCCCAAACGUGGCAAGAAAAAUGCCGGAUCGGUAGACGAAGUGGUGGACUCGGAAGAUGAAUUGGACGAGCCUGAUGAAGAUGCCUUAGACAUUGCCCUUGAAAUGCAGGAGAACGGAUGGCAAGAGCUUUCCGAAAGUAGCCAAGAUGAAGCACAGAAGCCUACACAGACAUCCAAAAUACCAUUGAGCCAAAAGCACGCUUCAUUCAAGCGGCCUUUACGCGAAACAUCAGACUUGGAACCUGUCAUCGACGAUAGCGAUUGGAAUGAUGCUGAGAUCAUCGCAUGA